AUGAAGAAUUAUAUUCGUGAGCACAUAUACAUUGUUCAGGCACCGUGGGGCGAUAUGCUGCAAGUUUGGAGGGAACAGCCCACUGUAGAUGGUGAUGCUGGUUCAGAGAACAUAAAGGAAACCAGCAAAAUAUUUGUAUAUAAGAUUGACAUGGCAGCAAAAAAGCUUGUGGAAAUAAAUGGCUUGCAUGGCCAUGUGUUGUUUCUUGGGCAUAGCCAGACACAGUGUCUCAGUGUGGGAGAAUAUUCGCAAUUGAAAGCAAACUGUGUCUACUUCACCGAUGAUGUAAGAUUUAUUUCGUUGUAUCAGAAUAGUAAACGUGAUGUAGGUGUUCUAAAUUUGGAAAACGACACCAGGGAAGAAAUUGUACCUCAGAUUUAUUGCAGCUGGCCAAAUCCCACAUGGAUUACACCCAGUCUUAGAAUGAUGCACUCGGGAUUGAUGUAA